AUGCAUUUCUACUUAUUUGUUUCUGCUUUUACUCUUUGGUCAUUGACUGGCACUGUCAUAGCCGCCGUCCCGGCGGUCGCGCCUGGCUCUAUUUACAGAGGAAGGGUUUAUGUAGUUAGUCUCGAUCCGCCUGAAAAGUACCAUGACAAAGGCUUCGACGUACAAAACGGAAACGACGCUUAUAUAGUCGGGUUCGCCGAUAAGGAGAUGGCGUACGACCAGGGAGCUAAAUAUGCCAUAAGGGCCCAAAUGGGCGCGGCGUUCACCAGCGAUGUACGAGACAUGCCACGGAGAGAUAAAGCCUUUUAUCGGUACCACGUCGACACAGUCGGUGCUGAAGCAUCCUUUGUUGACAUUACCAAACAACUAACUGACUACGGCGUCUUUAUUUAUGAGGCAAAUUCGUACGUGUACGGCGCCAAAAAUAUCCCUUGGGAGAGAGUUAAAGGGUGGACUAAACACAACGCUCGCACGAUCGACGUUUAUACUUCGAGAAAGAGUUAUGAAAGGGCCAAUUCCGGCAAAGCGAGACAUCCCUCAUCCAACAGCCCGGCCCAGACUUAUCUCUCUCCCUUGCUUCGGCUCCUGGGACCGAAACCGGAGCUUGACCGCUCCGUCAGUCACGGAUCUUCACAAGCUGGUAACUAUGGUCAUUCCUCCGGUCAGGCUCCCGCACAGGCUGCACCUUAUAGCCGAUCCUCCAGUAGCGCAUCUCAACAACAUCGCUCAAGUCUCGGCCACCAGUCUGGUCCGCCUGCCGUACCGCCCCAGACUGGUGGCAGCUCCUCUAGUCAGAAUCGUCCAAGCCGCCCGGUCUACAAGUCCUUUGAAUACGAAAUUGGAUACGUACAGGGUCCUGGUGGAAUGAUUCCGGAUGAUUACUUUCCCCCAUUUAAACCCGUGCCGGGAAUGCCGGAGUUUAGACUGCCAGUUCUCCAGUCUCCCCAUUCAUCCCAAUAA